AGAUUAUCUUUUCUUCUAAUCUGUAAUUGUCAAAAUUCUUUGUUACGAUCAAAGUUACAAUACGAUUAUAAAGUUCUUCCACAGCUGUUUUUGUUUUACUAUAUAUUCUUUCUUUUAAAUUUAUUCUAAGAACUAGAAAAAUUCGUCAGAAGUAGUUAGUAAAGGUAGAAUUAAGUUAUUUAUAUAGGUCAUGCUAGAAAAUAUUCAUUGUAGUAUUGUUUUUGAAAAUGAAACAAAGGACACGAAUAAUGCACAGCGGAGAUGAUUUAAUUAAUUACAAUUUUGUAAAUAAUAAAAAGGACGACGCUGAUGGCACUACCGAUAUUAUGUUACAUAAAAUAAGAACACGCGACCAUUUCAUCGAGGCCCAAGUACAGGAAGGCGAUACAUUACAAGCCAUUGCCCUAAGAUUUUAUUGCUCUGUUUCAGAACUAAAGAGGAUAAAUCAGAUACAUAAAGAUAAUGAAAUAUUUGCAAGACGGACCAUUAAAGUGCCUGUUACACCAUAUUCAGUUCUAACUGAAAUAAUACCAUCACAACUUCCUGAACAUCAGCCAUCUAAUUCUAAUACUUCACCUGCAAAUCUUGAUGGACAAGAUUUGGUACAAAAUGAUGUUACAUCACAGCAUAAUAUUUUACAAAGUCAGAGUAUAAAUCCUGGGGAGAAUGGUGAUCAUACAAUAGACUGUAAUAGCAUUGUUUUAAAUAGCACCGUAGCACCAUCUGUGACCCCAUACACAGAUAUGGAAGGAAAUGAAACAGUAUCUGAAGGUACACAAUUAUUGCCAAAUAAACAGAAGGAACCAGUAGAAGCAGUAGUGGUAAAGGAGUUGACAUCACAUGGUGCUGAUUUUGGACUGAAAUGGUUUCACUUAGUGGGUUUUAUGCUCAUUUUAGGUGUUGUGAUACCUCUUGUAUAUGUUAUGUUCUAUUUAGACAAACCAGACCACACUGAAGAAUCGUUUCAUUCAAAUCGAUGACUGCAAUAUUUUGUUCUAUCACAAAUAAUGGUGAUGGAAUUUUUAAUAUGGAAUUUUAUACUGAAUCAAUUUAAAAUAUUUUUUUAAUGAAUAGAAUCAAAUUCUAUUUAUUAUAUCAUUUUGUUAUUAACAAUACAUGAUAUUCUCUGAGAACUAAAAAUCUUUUAGAUAUUGCAGACCACAUCAGACUUGUCUGCUUUUACAGCAAUUGUAAUAAAACAUUGUAUAUG